UAUACAAGGCUACACCUUCAUAGCAAAGAUACGAACUUCAUAUACUUCCUUCUGUGUGUGACAUUGCAGGUACUAAAUAUGGAGUCUACUGAGGAAGGAAGCCAUGAAAAAUGGAAGGGGAAGGCCAUAGCAGAAGUAAAAGGAGUGAAAGCAGAAAAGGUUUGGCCUCUUUUGGAGGAUUUCUUCGGCCUGAGCAAGUGGUAUCCCACACCGAUGUGCAUUCCCGUCGAAGGAAUCUCUGGAAUACCAGGCUGUGUGCGUUUCUGCGGUGGUUUCAAGACGCCGGUGGACGAUGAUGCCAAAAAAUCUAUGAACUGGACCAAGCAGAAGCUGUUAUCCAUCGACCCUGCUCGAUGGACUUUUACGUACUGUAUUGUGGACAGCAACGUUGGCUUUCACUCCUACCUUGCAACCUGGACAGUUAGGCCAACCGCUGAAGGGUGUGAAGUUGAGUGGCUCUACGAAGUCGAACCGGUUCAAGGCUGGAAACUUGAAUAUCUUGAAUCCUUCGUAGACAAAGGCUUGCAUGCCAUGGCUAAGAACAUGGAACAAGGUUUGAAGAACAUGGAAGAAGCACUCAAGUCCCACAAAGGACAAACAUAGAUAAUGUUAUGUUUGUGCUGUGUUUUGUUUUUCUUUUUCUAU